AUGACUGAAAAUAAUGAAGAAUUACCUUUCAAUCCAUUCAAUCCAAUAAAAACUUAUAGAUUAUAUUCUUCAAGGAGUCAAACAGCUCAUCAACCUAAUAGAUAGAAUUCUCUUUAAUUGGUUAAGUAGUAGAAUGUUAUAAGCACUCCAUAUGCUUAGAUGGGAAUACACAAUUAUGCAUUGUUUAUAAGAAAUUCAGAAAAUAAAGGGUUAAAAUCAGAUAAAAAUUUUCAAGCCUAUAUAAAAAAAUUAGAAGAUAACAGAAAAUUGUCAAAGAACUUAAUUUAAUAAACAAAAUAGCAACAGAAAUUUGACUCAUUAUAAACUCAACAACAAGAGGAAGAUUCAAAAAAAUAAAGUCACGGUCCUCAUCUUAAAAAUACAGCUAAGGAUUAAAAGAAGGAGAAAUUUUAACACUAAAUUACUGAAAUGAUAGCAGAGAUAAAGAGUCCUUUUUAUAAGAAAGGAAGAUAUUUAUUAAAUGAAGAUAAGGAUAAAGAAAAGAAACUUGCAAAACCAUUAUUUUUUGGAAUUCAAAAUUAAACUAAGUAAUAAUAAAGACGAAAGCUUGUUUUUUCUUAAAUUGACAUUAAUAAAUGUAUCCUUUUUCAUACUUUAUUUUAGUAAGAUAUAAAAUCUUUUUUGAUGAUUACAAUCCCCUUUCAAGAAUAGCUACUAGCCAAUAAAGUAUCUAGAAGGAAGAAACUAUUCAUGAGUCCCCCUUAAAAACAGAUUAACAAUUCUUUAUUGAAUAAUGAAACUGUAUUAAUAUACUUUAUAUUCUAAUAAUGUUAAUUGCAAUGUUAUUUUUUAAUUCUUCCUAUUCUAAAUCCUUCUUCAAUUAUUUCAACCUAUCUAUCUACAAUAGUUCUUAAAAGUUCAUGA